CCGUGGAGAGCUAAUAUAGUGAAUGCAGGGCCCGGGAGAGCGGAUAUAGUGAAUGCAGGGUCCGGGGAGAGACCGGAUAUAGUGAAUGCAGGGUCCGGGGAGACCAGAUAUAGUGAAUGCAGGGUCCGGGGAGAGUGGAUAUAGUGAAUGCAGCGUCCGGGGAGACCAAAUAUAGUGAAUGUAGGGUCCGAGAAGACCAGAUAUAGUGAAUGAAGGGUCCAGGGAGACCGGAUAUAGUGAAUGCAGGGUCCGGGGAGACCAGAUAUAGUGAAUGUAGGGUCCGGGGAGACCAGAUAUAGGAGAGCGGAUACAGUGAAUGCAGGGUCCGGGG